AUGUGCACUUAUUUUUAUUAUAUACUUGUCCGUAAACGCGUUUCAAAAGAAGAAUUACCUUCAUCAUCUCUUAUGCUUCGACGUAUUUGUAAUAUAUUUCAUGUUCCCAAUCUUCUUUUUCAUUCGAUGUUUGGUCUUAUCCUUCUUGGUGUUCCUAUUGGCUUUGAAUUUGCUGUUCCUUGGAAAUCCAAUUUAAAUCCUAGGCUAUUAGAAAAAGGUACUCUUAAUCUAAGUCAAGCAUUAGACAAUUGUUUGAGUUUGGCUGCUUGGCCACCAACAACUUGUUGUGCCAUUUUGAACUCAUUUAUCUGUGAAGCUAAAAAUCAUGUAGCAAUUCUAUUUGUUUUAGAAGCUGUUGGUGACAGUGCUCUAUCAGCAUGUUUAUCAAAAACAAUUCCAUUAAGCUCAGAAAACAGAACAAAUAUACUCGGUAGUAUUCUUGGAGAAUUUUUAUUACUCUUAGAAACACGAUAUGCCGAGGGUUGUACGAGUGGUCAAGGAAUCUCAGGUAAAAGUAGAAUUGGUUUCUCAUUUGCUAUAUAA